UAGUGCUCGUGGCGCCCUCACUCCCGUGGGGUGCAAGUACGUUAUCGCUGGGGUCACUCAAACCCCGAGAACUGAGCCUCUACUUUCGUCAAUCCUCUUUGGUCAGGGGGCUGGGUCAGAGUGAGGUACUGGAAAUAUAUAUAUAGGAGAAAUGGGAAUAGGGGUAGAAAAUUGGAAAUAUAUGUAUAGCUGUAAAGAGGUGUGGAAUAGCCCGAAGUGUCCACUUUUCUAAUUUUGCGUCAACAGAUAUUUAACGUGAGACCUGCAAAGAAUGCAUGGCCACAACGUAUUGUCUGGUAGGUAUCUCUGUUCUUCUCGCAGCCAAUGACUCCAGUUAUGACGGGUCUGGAGGAACAGGAGAAGCUCCUGGAAGAUGCCAUCGGAGUGGUGAAGGUACAGGCAUUUCAGAUGAAACAUUGUCUGGACAAUGCUAAACUCAUGGAUGCCCUCAAACAUGCCUCGACGAUGUUGGGGGAACUCAGGACAUCCCUGUUGAGCCCGAAGAGCUACUACGAAUUAUACAUGGCCAUCACCGAUGAACUUCGUCAUUUGGAGUUGUAUCUGCUGGAUCAGUACCAGAAGGGAAAGAAAGUUACUGAUCUUUACGAAUUGGUGCAGUAUGCAGGAAAUAUUGUGCCUCGUCUGUAUUUAUUAAUAACCGUGGGAUUAGUUUAUAUAAAAACCAAUCCGUGCCUGAAGCGAGAUUUACUACGAGAUCUCGUGGAGAUGUGUCGAGGUGUGCAGCAUCCACUGCGUGGUCUUUUCCUUCGUAAUUAUUUAUUGCAGUGUACCCGGAAUAUUUUACCGGAUGCACCAGAGGGUGACGACGAGGAAGGAACAGUGCGCGAUAGUAUUGACUUUGUUCUCAUGAAUUUUGCUGAGAUGAAUAAACUGUGGGUGAGGAUGCAACAUCAGGGACACAGCAGAGAUAGGGAAAGAAGGGAGAGAGAACGUGAGGAGUUGAAGAUCCUUGUGGGGACUAAUUUGGUGAGACUAAGUCAACUCGAGUCUGUGACUCUGGAGAUUUAUAAGAGACUCGUACUGCCUGGUAUUUUGGAGCAAGUUGUCAGCUGCAGGGAUGCUAUUGCUCAAGAAUAUCUCAUGGAGUGCAUCAUCCAAGUAUUUCCGGAUGAAUUCCAUCUUCAGACGUUGAAUGCUUUCUUGAAGUCCUGUGCUGAGCUCCAUAAUGGGGUCAAUGUCAAGAAUAUAAUUAUCUCAUUGAUUGAUCGAUUGGCAACGUUUAGUCAACGAUCUGACGGUGUUGGGGGCCCAGGGAGUCCCAACCAGAUACCUGGGAUACCUCAGGAUGUGAAAUUAUUUGAUGUAUUCAGCGAUCAAGUUGCUACUAUUAUUCAGACACGUCAAGAUAUGCCGCCCGAGGACAUCGUCUCCCUCCAAGUUGCACUGAUAAAUCUAGCCCAUAAAUGCUAUCCCGAUCGUGUGGAUUACGUUGAUAAAGUACUGUUUGCAACUGUCCAAAUAUUCCAGAAGUUGAAUGUUGAAAAAUUGGAGUAUAACAGUGCAGUAUCGAGGGAGCUGUCUCGCCUGAUGAAAAUUCCCGUAGAUAAUUACAAAAACAUCCUGACAAUUUUAAAAUUAGAAAAUUAUGCCCCUCUUCUUGAGUACUUCGAUUAUGAAGGGAGAAAACUCCUCGCAGUUUACAUAAUAACAAACGUCCUCGACAACGAAACACUGAUUCCCACUCAGGAGUUGGUGGAUGCAGUUUUAUCAGUGGUAUCACCACUAGUCCAGGAUCAGCCGGACCAACCGACCAUCGAGGAAGAUCCAGAGGACUUUGCCGAGGAACAGGGAUUCCUUGGGCGGCUAAUUCAUCACUUCAAGUCCGAUACAGCUGACCAGCAAUACAUGAUCUUAAGUGCUGCGAGAAAGCAUUUUUCGGCAGGUGGAAAUAAGAGGAUAAAAUACACUCUUCCAGCAAUUGUCUUUCAGGCUUAUCAACUGGCUUUUACUUACAAAGCCCUGAAGGAUCAGGACGAGAUGUGGCAGAAGAAGUGCCAGAAGAUAUUCCAAUUCUGUCAUGCCACAAUAACAGCCCUGAUGAAGGCAGAACUCGCAGAGUUGCCUCUGAGAUUAUUUUUACAGGGAGCUCUUGCUAUAGGAGAAAUUCGCUUUGAUAAUUUUGAAAUGGUUGCCUACGAGUUCAUGAGUCAGGCUUUCUCAAUUUAUGAGGAUGAGAUAAGUGAUUCGAAAGCUCAACUUGCAGCUAUAACGCUGAUUAUUGCGACGUUCGAGCAGAUGAGUUGUUUCAGCGAUGAGAAUGCUGAGCCUGUGAGAAACCAGUGUGCUUUGUAUGCCAGUAAAUUACUCAGGAAACCUGAUCAGUGCAGAGGGGUUGCUACAUGCUCUCACAUAUUCUGGUCUGGCAAGUCAUUGGCUACCGGUGGAAAGGAGAUGCAGGAUGGAAAUAAAGUCUUGGAUUGCCUAAAAAAAGGUAUUAGGAUCGCCAGCCAGUGCAUGGACACUUCAGUUCAAGUCCAACUCUAUGUGGAACUCUUGAAUCAUUAUAUCUAUUUUUAUGAGAAAGAAAAUUCACUGGUUACUGUACAAAUACUGAAUCAAGUUAUAGCCAAGAUCAAAGAGGAACUCCCUAAUUUGGGAGUGAGUGAGGAGACUGAACAGAUUCAGAAGCAUUUGGCUAAUACCCUCGAUCAUUUGAAGAACAGAAUGAGAUAUACUGAUUCUCAAGGUCAACCGUAUAACGGGCUUGUACUCUAAUUUUAUAGCUACAGAUUUUUUCCAUUUGUACUUGUAUAUUUUAUGCAAGGAAUUAAUGAUGAAUUUGUACAGGUAAUAUCGCGAUUAAUACAUAGUAUUCAGUUUUCGAGGGAUUGUAAGGUGAGCAGAUAACUGAUCAUGCGAAUGUGCAGUUUUCAUUACGGAGAGAAAUAAUAUUGAUGUGUUUGACGACUAUCAGUAGUUAUUGCUUGGUUUAAAGUAUUGUACGAAAAGAAAAAUGAAAUAACAUGUUAUCUGCCUAUUUGUUAUAAUAAAAUACUAUUUGCAGAAUUAA